CCAAAAUUUCUGGAAUUUGACAGAUACUGGCAGUUAUUAUUGCUUCAGGUCUGUUUGCUCGACUCGUUCCAUGUAACAAACGAGCGGCGGCUAAACACGCUGCUCUUGACGGCGAUAUUACAAGAUACACACACUGCUCUUAACGGCGAUAUUACAAGAUACACGCUGACAAUAAGGCGCUAUUGCCCAUUUCAAUUCUCCGUCCACCAAAUAAUCGACUCAAUCAUUAUCAAGAGGCUGGAAAGGUAUAAAGGGAAAGCCUCAGACCAGGGAACUGCAAGUUUCACCAGUGCUUCUAGAAUGUCUCCAACUCUAAUUUCCCCUUCCGUCUUGAUUGUUGGUGCUGGUCCUGUGGGCUCAGUGCUUGCGCUUACUUUACUCAAAAAUGGGAUCAAUGUACGAAUUGUUGACAAGGAAGGCCCUCAAGUUGGUCAGAAAGGACUCGGUAUCCAGCCUCGUACCCUCGAAAUGCAUCGCUUCCUAGGGACCCUGCCGGAUAUUCUUAGCAUCGCCAAAAAGAUGCCUAUAUGUACCCUCUACAAGCUACCCGGUGGGACCGAGCCACUGAGAACCUUUGAACUGGAUCCAUAUGAAGAACCUACACCGGAUACUCCUUACCUCAAUCUCACGAUGCUUGGGCAGCACCGCCAACAGUCCAUUCUCCAUCGUCAUCUGGAGAAACAUGGUUGUAAAGUUGAAUUUUUCUCUGAACUGCGGUCUUUUGAGCAAUUUGAUGGACAUGUCCUGGCUACUCUGGCGACGAAGGAUUCCAAUGGCAAAGAUAUCCUAGAGAUCAUCAAGGUGUCGUACCUUGUGGGCACAGAUGGAGCUCACAGCACUGUCCGCAAAGCUCUUGGAUUAACCUUCCUUGGGGACGUACGUGAUGAUGUUAACAUGGUAGUCGGUGACAUUGAGAUCCAUGGUGGCUUGGACCACAAGUCAUGGCACAACUGGGGAGAAAUUUCUUCAAAAUCAGUCCAGUUGGUGCCCAGUGAAGUGGACGACAACGUCUUCACGUUCAUUAUUUCAGGCAAAGAGAUUGACCACGCCAAAACCGCCUCUGGACGCGACGAAUUGGUGAAAACUAUCGCGUCCAUCACUGACCGAAAAGACAUAGAAUUUGGAAAAUUGAUCUGGAUCUCGAAUUAUCGUCCCAGUAUUCGAAUGGUGAAUAAAUUUGGAGACGGGAGGGUUUUUGUCGCUGGAGAUGCUGCUCAUGUUCACAGCCCAGCUGGAGGACAAGGCACUAACUCCGGUGUCCAGGAUAGUUUCAACCUAGGCUGGAAACUAGCACUUGUUCUGAAAGGCUUUUCCCCACCCUCCCUCCUAGACACAUAUACGGAAGAACGACUUCCUGUCAUCGCCGCUAUGCUCAACAAGUCAACUCUUUUACUCAAUCAAUACUUUCGUGAUGGUAAGGACUGGAAGCGAGGCAAAGAAUUUAAACAACUUGGGGUCAAUUAUCGUGGUAGUUCGGCACUAGUCGACGAGACGGUUGACCUUACCAAGGAUAAGAUCCAAUUAGACCCAUAUGGUAUCACCUUAAACGGGGUGAUUCAUGCUGGAGAUCGAGCUCCCGAGGCUCCUGGCUUGCAAGUUCUCCAUAGCGGUGAAAGUUCGACCGCCGCCGCCAGUUUAUUCGACCUUUUCAAACCAGACCACCACACGGUGCUUAUUUUCGGCCCAGUAUCCAAUGGCGAAGAAAUCGCUUCGGAGCUCAGUACCUAUCCCAAGAAUCUAUUCAAGACUGUGCUCAUCUUUCCCGCUCUAACUACGAGCGAGUCUGAACAGAGUGCUUCAGGAACACAGCCAUCUGGAGUCGAUCUGGUGCUACGCGAUAGCAAUGGACAUGCGUACAGAGCGUAUUCAUCUCUUCUCGGGUCAUGCAAUAUCGUCAUCGUCCGCCCAGAUGGAGUGGUGGGGGCUAUUGUCCGAGGAGUAGCAGGCCUGCGUCGAUACGUGAACGGUGUAUUUGCGACCGUCAAGUAGAUUGGAAACACACCCAGGCCGGAGCCUGUGAAGGAUCGUCGGACAUAGAGGCGGUGUGGUGGAUCGAAAUUCGAGUAGGAUGUGGAUUAAUUUAUUUGAAAAUGGCAUCAGCGAGGCGUCUUUCACUGGGUACCAAGAGCGAAAUGAAUUAUGUUUGGAUCUGGGGAGGCAAUAUCUUAGCCGUUAUGUAAACCGACGACGCCCUUUGUUUUUUCAGCAUUUCAGAGUCUCAUCUGCAGUAGAAAUA